CUGCAAUGCUCCCGUUUACCUCUUUUAGCCGAUAGAAGUGAUUUUGGAUCGGAAAUUGUGUGUGAGGCGCAGGGACGAGGGACAAGUGAUUUUUCGGCCUGUCCCAAACGAACUUGCCGUGCAAACGUCGAUUGUUGGGUUGCUUAUGGAAAACCUCAACAGUGUGUCUGCGAUCCCCACUUCUGUGGAUUGGUUUGUCUUCCAGGUCCCAACAUGGAGUCGAGAUGUCCGACCCCCAUCAGGCCAAAGAAUGGGCAUGUCUUUGUUCGAGAUACAAGAGUUGGCGCCACGGCCGAAUACAGUUGCUUUCCCAACUUCACUGUUAUGGGUCCACGAAAACGACACUGCUUGGCCACACUCAAGUGGUCUGGUCCAGAACCCGUUUGCACGAAUCAAACUGACCGUGAGUUUUCGCCCUUUUUGUGUGAAACUGUAGAUAUUCUUCAGAGCAGGCUGUUAGAACUAGGUAAAAUGCGUUCUUAUAUUUGGAGCAUAGUUCUUUCCAUUUUGUUCCCCCUAAUUAUUGAAAGAAUAUUUUGA